UAUCGAUAUAUCGCCCAGUCCUAGUUGUUGCAGAAGCUUAAGAGCCACCAGUCGGUUCCAGCUCAGGUUUUAUACUGUUAACUCUUUCAAAAGCGUUAGCAUCAUUAGCAUAGCCUCUGGGUGCAACGUUGAGAGCUUUGUGCAGUCAAUUGUUAUGCUCUGAAGUGCAUGCACAGCAACUUAAAGGUACACUUUCUAUUUAUUCACUUAAAUUAUUUUUUAAAUUUACAUAUCUGGAACAACUCAAUGAUAAAACUGUCAAUGCAAAUUUUAGUCGCCUUUGUCAUACCAGCGAAUAUUGCCCAAAUAAUUAAUAUAUUGUAAUUAAACCUGUGAUUUACACCCCUACUUAUUAUUAGCAUGCAAGGUUCUCUUACAUCAGAACUAGUUGAAAAAAAAAAAAAAGACAAAAGAGCACAAAUUUAACAGCUGAUUUUCUAAAUGGGCUGUAGUAUGACUCUAAAGAAGUCUUUUUAGGUCAUGACUUGUCCUUCGGGACUGCGUUUCAUUAAGCCUUAAACCUGGCAGCAGCUCCGAGCAGACCUAUAAGAUCCAGUUUGCAGUAUGCACACAUGCAGGCUCAUUGGCUGCAGGCGGGUUGACACAGUUUCGCUGCUUCACUGCCUCAUGCAGCUGUAGCGGGUGCUCGGAGCCUGUAGAGCCAGCAGGUGGUACUCUACUGUCGGACUGUUGAAUGCCUGCAGCCGCCUGAAUGAAGAGCUGAAAACUAGAUAGCGGAGAGCACUGGGACGAGGUCAGAAAGAUACAUAUAUUUUUUUAAAAAGGGAAAGCUGCUUGCUUUGGUGGAAGAUGGACGCACACCCGACCGCGGUCGAGGUCAGAAGCUCUGCCUCCGCCGGGUUGUGACUCUCGGUGGGCGCCGGUGGCCAGGACAGGACGGUACGGACACUUUGCGGGGUGCUGCAGGCUGUGUGCAGCGCCUUGCAGUGAAACCUCCCCCCUCUGGAGAAUAAAGCAUCUGGUAGCUGAAAGAAAGGAGACUGGGACAGCGACAGCAGCGCGGAAUUAUUGUUAGAUACAACACAGACUCACCGAGGAUUUACACCGAAAUGGGAAAAGAAGUCUCAGUCACCUUGUAAGAUGUUUCCUCACCACAGAGAAAGGGAGCAGCCGAUAUUCAGCGCCCGGGCUCAUGUUUUCCAGAUCGACCCGACCACCAAGAGGAACUGGAUCCCCGCCAGCAAACAUGCCGUCACCGUGUCCUUCUUCUACGAUGCCAACCGUAACGUCUACCGCAUCAUCAGCGUGGGCGGCACCAAGGCAAUCAUCAACUGCACCGUUACACCCAGCAUGACAUUUACAAAGACGUCCCAGAAGUUUGGUCAGUGGGCGGACAGCAGGGCAAACACUGUGUAUGGUCUGGGUUUUGCUACAGAGCAACAGCUACAUCAGUUCUCAGACAAGUUCAAGGAGGUGAAAGAUGCAGCUCGUCUGGCGCGAGAAAAGUCGCAGGAUAAAGAACUGGCCAACACGGCGCUGAGCAUCGCUGCUCCUCAGGACCUCUCGGAUGAUCUCCAGUCUCCACCAGUGAUGUGCGUGAACGGACCCGAGGACAAGCUGUUCCGCAGCCAGAGUGCCGACAUCACCCUGUCUUCUGAGAAGGAGCGCAUUAAAAAGAUGCUCUCUGAAGGGUCGAUCUGUGAGAUCAACUUGGAAGCCGAGCUCUUCACUCUGCAGGACAGCAACACCAAGCUGGUGGCAGCUUUACACGAGGCUAAUGCUAAUGUGGAGCAGUGGAAGAAACAGCUGGCAGCGUAUCAGGAGGAGACAGACAGACUCAGAGAUCAGGUGGCUGAAUUAGAGGCCCAUGGAGGCCACGGCCCUAGUGACAUGCUGAAGGAUGAGCUGACCCAGUCCCUGGAGGAGCUGGAGGCCCUGCUGAAGGCCAAAGAUGAGGAAAUCCACAUUUUGCAAAACAAGAAAGUAGACUACCAUGAGAUGGAACACGACCGGGACGAGGCCAUGCACAGAUUACGGGAGAUGGAGAUGCGUAAUUCAGAGUUGGAGCGGCGCAUCCAGAACACAGAGCAGAACCUCGGCAACUCUCUGGAGGAUCGUGAUCGCAUGGACUCAGAAAUCCAGAGGGCCAUCGAAAUUCUGGACAUCAAGAUCUUUGAUCUUAAUGAUCUGCGCCAGAGCCUGGUUAAACUCAUCGACAAAUAAGAGGGGGGGAAUUUAUCCCAAAGAAGGAGAGACGGAACAGAGGACGGGGUUAAAUAUGUUGUGGCAAAUGCAGCGGAACGGAACAAGAAGGAGCUGGUCGCUGUCCUUCAAGCACAAGACGCACCUCGGCUGCAGGAGGUGUCUCCGUGUCUGUGCUGCAGCAGUGGCUGUGCUGUACGCAGGUGUUGGUCUAAGCAGCAGCAGCAGCAUAUAGGCUACAUGGUUUUUGCUUGUCCAGUCUAAUGUAACGCUUCAUGUUGCUUUCAAGGGUAACACUCAAUGCAAUAAACCAACUUUAAGGUAAGUGCUUAACACCGCUAGACAUUUAAUAUUGAGAAUUGGUGCUUGUAGUUUUUCAUAAGUAUGACUUUUUGUACACCAAAUGGCCAUGCAGUGUCAAUUUGAAUGAUAAGAGGCCUUGUUUUGUUUUUGUUUUUUCAACUGACAGGUGAUAUUUAAACAUCUUUACAAUAAAAAAUGAGGUGAAUGCAAAUAAAAAAAAGAGCACAAGACAAAAUGACUUUUACGAGAUUUGCCUAUUUAACAGCCUGCAUAUGAUAUAAUUGUUACUGCAUUAACAGUUAAAGUUGAACUGCACAGAUAAAUGUGUGUAUGGUCUUAUAGUUACCCAUGUAUAAUGUAGAAGCUGUAACAUGUAAAGGACAGACUGGUUCUAGUAGGUGCUUUUUUUCAAGGUCAGCAAAAAAAAAGUAUGCUAAUUGUGUUUUAUAUUUGGGUAAGGCAUGGACACACAAACUUAAACAUUAGAUCUGAAUAUUGACACAAAGAUCAAAUCAGCAUUAUCACAUCUCCAUUUAAGCUUGUUAGAAACCUUUAAAUCUAAGAUAUGUGACAGUAACCUGUAAGUAGAUGUGACACAUAAUUACAUUUAAGAUAAAUAAGUAUUUUCCACAUAAUGAGAAUCAAUAAUGCUACAGCUGUUAAGAAAAACACAAGAAAUAAAAGUCAUCACUAGUAUUACAGAUAAGUUAAUAACUGAUCCCGUCUGAAUAAUCGUCCUGUGCAUCUUUUAACAAACCACUGACUAAGAUACUGAUUUAACUUAAGACGCAUUCAAGGAAAUGUAAUGUUCAUUUUCUGCCUUCUGUCAUUUUUCAGCACGUUACCUUUAGCUGUGGACAAUAUGCCAUACACCUUGGGAGUGUGGCUGCACUGUACGAGAAGUGAAUUUAUUUAAAUACAGAAUGUCUACUUACAGAGUCUGCAUUGUUUAACAUAGUCCAUGAUGCUGUUUGUGUUAUUUUUUCAAGCCUUAUUGCUCUAUUUCAAGGAUGGUUGUUGGUAGUCAUGCCAGCUGUGUCUCAAACUUUGAGCUGUUUUCAUGACAGUUUGGAAAUAAAAGCGAAGAAUACA